AUGGCAUCCCUAAAGAUAGCAUCCCUAAACCUGGCAUCCCCAAAGAUGGCAUCUCCAAACCUGGCAUCUACAAACCUGACAUCCCCAAAGAUAGCAUCCCCCAAACCUGGCAUCCCUAAACCUGGCAUCCCUAAACCUGGCAUCCCUAAACCUGGCAUCCCUAAACCUGGCAUCUCCAAACCUGGCAUCUACAAACCUGACAUCCCCAAAGAUAGCAUCCCUAAACCUGGCAUCCCUAAACCUGGCAUCUCCAAACCUGGCAUCCCUAAACCUGGCAUCCCCAGAGAUAGCAUCCCUAAACCUGGCAUCCCUAAACCUGGCAUCCCCAGAGAUAGCAUCCCUAAACCUGGCAUCCCUAAACCUGGCAUCCCUAAACCUGGCAUCUCCAAACCUGGCAUCCCUAAACCUGGCAUCCCCAGAGAUAGCAUCCCUAAACCUGGCAUCCCUAAACCUGGCAUCUCCAAACCUGGCAUCCCUAAACCUGGCAUCCCCAAACCUGGCAUGCAGCGAGCCACACACACUCCUGCCAGUCUCUGA